GUCGCUUUCUUCUCAAUCAAAUUUCUCCUACCAUUAUUAUAAUCAUGCAAUUGCAAAUCUCUGACCACGACGAAUCAUUUCGAAAAUUAGUUACUUAGUUGUAUUAAUUCACGCCCCAAUUACGAUUAAUCUUGGUGAUUCAACUUCCGAUUUCCCAUAUAUUUGAGGAUCAAGAAAUUAGGGCUGACACUCGCUGAAUGAGAAGGGGCAACUGUUUCUCCCCGAAAUCCCGCGUUUUUCAGAGUGAAUUGUGUGACAGAGGGGAUACAGAGUGAUUAUUUUUUUGAAUCCAGUGAUUGCGGCGUGUUUCUCCGGAUUUCCCCUUCGGAAGUUAUAUGUAUAAAGGGGUUGUUGGGAAUGGAUGUUUGAGUUGGAAAGAAAUGAGUAUAUCACAAUGAGUUGGAAGGGAGGGUUGUUGAGUCGAUGGAUGACCCUGAUAGGACGUUUCCGGAUCUGGUAGGCUUGUUUAAAUCUUGGAUGUCAUGGCGGUCGGAGCCUGCACAUGUGUCGAGGGAUUUCUGGAUGCCCGACCAGAGUUGCAGGGUAUGCUAUGAGUGUGAUUCACAGUUUACCUUGUUUAAUCGUAGACAUCAUUGUCGUCUAUGUGGUAGGAUUUUCUGUGCCAAGUGUACUUCGAAUUGGCUUCCUGUUGGACAUAGCGAGCCAAAGAUUUCAUUAGAAGAGCGAGAUAAGAUUAGGGUCUGCAACUACUGUUUCAAGCAAAGUGCGAAAGAUCAAUGGGGAAAAGAGUUGAGUGUAGCUGUUGAUGAUGGGCUUCAAGUGGACCUACCCGAUGCCAGCUGUACUUCUCCAUCAACAACCAGUUUUCUUAGCACCAGAUCUAGUGGCACCUGUGGUAGUAGCACUACAUUUGUGUCAGUACCACAGUCUGCUGGCCCCACCCCGAUGCAAUCACUCUCAAUGGAAGCAGAUUUAGAUAGGCAAAAUGUUGGAGCAGCAAAGAUCAAUGUCACGGAGGAGCAAAACCUGUCUGAUGACCAAUUUGAUUAUUUCCGAAACAGGAGUGAUGACGAGGAUGAUGAAUUUGGAAUAUCUCAGUUAGGUCCCAUAGCUAGUGACUUCUCCCAGGUUAAUGGCUACUAUGGUCCUGUUAAAUUCGAGGAUAUCAACAGUGAUUACAACUCACGUAAAGUUCAUCCUGAUGGAGAUGCUGUUGAUUCAAAAAGUACGACCAGCUCCCCUUUGCGAUAUAGUCUUAAUUCCCGAAACUCUGAAGAAUCACAGCAGAUUGCUGAAAAAGAUGCUGAACACGAUAUUGGUGAUGAAUGUGAGGCACCUUCUUCUCUAUAUGUGGCAGAAGACGUAAAUACAGAGCCUGUUGAUUUUGAAAACAAUGGAGUUUUGUGGCUCCCUCCCGAGCCUGAAGAUGAAGAUGAUGAAAGGGAAGCACUUGUAUUCGAGGAUGACGGUGAUGGGGAUGCUGCUGGAGAAUGGGGAUAUUUGAACAAUUCAAGCAGCUCUGGGAGUGGGGAGUUUCGUAGUCGGGAGAAAUCAAUCGAGGAGCAUAAGAGAGCCAUGAAGAGUGUGGUCGAAGGCCAUUUUCGGGCUUUAGUAGCUCAACUUUUGCAAGUAGAUAAUCUUCUUUCAGAGGAUGAAAAUGACAAAGAGAGUUGGUUGGAAAUAAUCAUUGCCUUGUCAUGGGAGGCUGCCACAUUUUUAAAACCAGAUAUGAGCCAGGGGGGACAAAUGGACCCAGGGGGAUAUGUCAAAGUAAAAUGUUUAGCUUCAGGGCUUCGAAGUGAGAGUUUGGUGGUCAGAGGAGUUGUGUGCAAGAAAAAUGUGGCUCAUCGACGGAUGACAUCAAGAGUUGAGAAGCCUCGCUUAGUGAUCCUUGGAGGGGUACUUGAGUACCAGCGGGUUUCUAAUGCUCUUUCAAGCUUUGAUACACUGUUACAACAGGAAAUGGAUCAUCUGAAGAUGGCUGUUGCAAAGAUAAGUGUGCACACUCCUAAUAUUCUUCUGGUUGAGAAAUCUGUUUCGCGCUACGCCCAGGAGUACCUUCUCGCGAAAGAAAUAUCACUUGUUCUGAAUAUUAAAAGACCACUUCUGGAGCGUAUAGCCCGUUGUACUGGUGCCCAAAUCGUUCCUUCAAUUGAUCACCUAUCAUCAGAGAAGGUGGGUUAUUGUGACAUGUUCAAUGUAAUGAGAUUUACGGAAGAGCACGGUAGUGCUGGCCAGGCUGGAAAGAAGCUGGUGAAGACUCUGAUGUAUUUCGAAGGUUGCCCCAAGCCACAAGGAUGCACUAUAAUACUUCGAGGUGCCAGUGGGGAUGAAUUGAAGAAAGUGAAGCAUGUCGUACAGUAUGGAGUUUUUGCAGCUUAUCACUUGGCUCUGGAGACGUCUUUUCUUGCUGAUGAAGGUGCCUCUUUGCCAGCACUUCCAUUGAACUCUCCUAUCACAGUUGCACUACCAGAUAAGCAGUCGACAAUCGACAGAUCCAUCUCAACGGUACCUGGUUUUUCAGUUCCAUCUGGUGAUAAAACUCCCGGACCUCAAUCUGUUGGUGAUCUACAGAGAUCAAAUACUUUACCCCCUUCAGAUCUAAUCAGGGAAACGAUUGCAUCGAUUCAUGAAUAUUCAGACACGCAUAAUAUCCCUGCUCCUUUAAGCUCUCAAUAUGGUGAGCCUCCAAUAUCAUCUUGCGUGGAUCAGCAUUCAUCCUCGAAUCCAUUGUCUGCUGAAGAUCAAGCUAUUCUAGACUUGGGCCUGUCCAUUGAGGCAAAACCUAGUGAGUUAAACGGACUUUCUGUUGCAGCGGCAGAUAUCCACUCCUCUAAUCAAUUUGGAGAUUCAAAUGUCAAAAUUAUAGAUUCUAAGAGUAAUGGCUCAAAUCUAACAUCUUUACAAACGGAUGCUCUCAAAAUUUCUGAUGAACAACCUGCUCUGAAAGAAGAAUUUCCACCUUCUCCGUCAGAUCAUCAAAGCAUCUUAGUCUCAUUGUCAUCGAGAUGUGUAUGGAAGGGGACUGUCUGCGAAAGAUCACAUUUGUUCCGGAUCAAAUAUUAUGGUAGCUUUGACAAGCCAUUGGGCCGUUAUCUGCGGGAUCAUUUAUUCGAUCAGAGUUUUGUAUGCCGUUCAUGUGAGAUGGCUUCCGAGGCUCAUGUCCAGUGCUACACUCAUAGACAAGGUACUCUGACAAUUUCAGUGAAAAAACUACCUGAAAUAAUUUUACCUGGUGAACGGGAAGGGAAGAUUUGGAUGUGGCACCGUUGCUUGAGAUGUCCCAGGGCUAAUGGAUAUCCGCCUGCAACUAGGCGUGUUUUGAUGUCGGAUGCUGCAUGGGGGUUGUCAUUUGGAAAGUUUUUGGAGCUAAGCUUUUCGAACCAUGCAGCUGCGAGUAGAGUGGCCAGUUGUGGCCAUUCUUUGCAUAGGGACUGUCUUCGAUUUUAUGGGUUCGGGCAAAUGGUUGCUUGCUUUCGUUAUGCGUCGAUUGAUGUUCAUUCGGUGUACCUACCUCCCUCAAAACUUGAUUUCAACUACAAAAAUCAGGAGUGGAUAGAAAAAGAAAUGAAUGAGGUGGUUGGGCGUGCUGAGCUCCUCUUCUCUGAAGUUCUCAAUGCUCUACGUCUUUUGGCAGAAAGAAAAAGCAGUGCAGGUGCGAUGAACGGUGUUGUGAAUGUUCAUGAAUCUAGGCACCUGAUUAUAGAUCUAGAAGGGCUCUUGCAGAAGGAAAAGUCAAUGUUUGAGGAAAUGCUCCGGAAAAUCAUGAGAAGGGAGGCAAGAAUAGGGCAACCUCUCAUUGAUAUUCUCGAGCUCAAUCGGCUGCGCAGAGAGCUAGCUUUUCAGUCUUAUGUGUGGGACCAGCGCCUGAUAUACGCAGCCAGUCUAGAUUCUAGUAACAAACCAAAUAAGGUGGAGGUUUCCACUUCAGAGGCCGUUCAGAAAAUUCUCUGUGAAACUGAGAGACUUCAAGAUGUAAAUGUACUAGUUCCAACCAGUAAUACUUUAAGCAGUUUGGUGUCGGCUGCUGCCGAUGCAAAGCUCAAAGAAAAUCCCGAUCAUGGCAAGGUCGGUCUGCUCUACAAUCACCUCGAGGUGAUUCCCCAAAGAACUGAUUUAUCCUCAAAUCCGAAUCAUGGAGAUCAGAACCCUCUUGAACCCUCUCAUGAAGUAAGGUCUGCUGAUAAAUCGGAUGCUCUGGCUUCGAGCGUCAAUGUACAUAAAGCUCUCUUAGAUGGUCAAACUCCUAUAUCUUUGUCGGAUACUCUUGAUGCCGCGUGGACUGGUGAGAGUAAUCCUGGUGUAGGAGUCCAGAUAAAGUGCAGCGUGCCAGAGUUAACUGAAGUCGAUACUUCAUCUGCUGUCAGAGGAUUUGACAAGUUGGAUAUGGAAUAUGACAGAGAGGAGUUGCCUUCCUUCUUAUCUACCAAUAAUUCUGGUGAUGUGGAUGACUCUGAGAGCUGGCUGACCACACCAUUUUCCAUCUACCACAGAUCACCAAGCAAGAAUUGCUCGGGCUUGGACUUGAAGCUGGAUGUGUUGGGUGGAUAUGAUCCAGUAUACAUCUCCUCGUUUCAGGACCCCGAACUCCAAGGUGGGGCCAGGUUGCUUCUCCCCGUGGGGAUAAACGAAACUGUCAUCCCAGUUUAUGAUGAUGAGCCAACGAGUCUUAUAUCGUAUGCUCUCGUUUCGCAUGAUUACUUUGGCCAAAUCUCUGAUGAGCCUGAAAAAUCUAGGGACACUGCAGAAUCUUUUUUUUCAAUGCAAUCCCUUGAUGCCGGGUCCUCCUUUCAGUCAUUUUCAUCGUUGGACGAGGUGAUGCUGGAAUCGUACAAAAGUCUUGGAUCCGGAGAAGAGAGCAUGUUGAUGAGUUUCCGCAAUUCCUUGAAUUCGGACCCGGUCUCAUAUACAAAAGCGUUGCACGCCAGAGUGUCCUUUACCGAUGAUGGCCCCCUUGGGAAGGUCAAAUACACGGUCACAUGUUACUAUGCAAAACGUUUUGAUGCAUUGAGGAGGAUAUGUUGCCCAUCGGAGAUGGAUUUCGUUAGAUCCCUUAGCCGUUGCAAGAAGUGGGGCGCCCAAGGUGGGAAGAGCAACGUCUUCUUUGCAAAAACUUUGGAUGACCGGUUCAUAAUCAAGCAAGUGACGAAGACUGAGCUGGAGUCGUUCAUCAAGUUCGCUCCGGGCUAUUUCAAGUACCUGUCUGAGUCCAUCGGAACAGGAAGCCCAACCUGCCUGGCAAAGAUCCUCGGUAUCUAUCAGGUAUCUUCAAAACAUCUAAAAGGAGGGAAGGAAACCAAAAUGGACGUGUUGGUGAUGGAGAAUCUACUAUUCGGAAGAAACAUGACACGUCUCUACGAUCUCAAAGGUUCAUCCAGAUCGCGAUACAAUCCUGAUUCUUCCGGAAGUAAUAAGGUGUUGUUGGACCAGAACUUGAUCGAAGCAAUGCCCACAUCUCCCAUAUUUGUCGGAAACAAAGCCAAACGAGUACUAGAAAGAGCAGUGUGGAACGACACUGCUUUUCUCGCUUCCAUAGACGUGAUGGACUACUCGCUACUAGUCGGGGUUGACGAACAGAAGCACGAGCUUGUCCUUGGGAUCAUCGACUUCAUGAGACAGUACACAUGGGACAAGCAUCUCGAGACAUGGGUGAAGGCGUCGGGCAUUCUUGGCGGGCCCAAGAACGCCUCACCAACCGUGAUCUCUCCGAAGCAGUACAAGAGGAGAUUCAGGAAGGCCAUGACAACGUAUUUCUUGAUGGUCCCAGAUCAAUGGUCACCUCCUAUGAUCAUUCGUAGCCAGUCGCAGACGGAGAUGGCUGAAGAGAAGUCACAGUCACAGAAUACCGCACAUGAUUAUAUGCCCUCUGCUUAGUGAAGAAACCUCAUUUGCUUGUAUAUUUUGAAGCUCACUUCAUUUUUUUUUUGUAUAUCUAUUUUUCUCCAUUUCUAUAUUCUUUUGUAAGCAGUGGCCAUUUGAAUCUUGUUUAGUGGUAGAAUUCAUAUUUUUCAGGGAAAAAUAUAUGCAAGUCCCAUUGUACACA